GUGAAACCAUAAGGCCCUGCGGUUGGACACGCCCACAGACAGGUGAAGCAGCACUGGAUCCCACUGCAGGGUCACUGCACGGCUCAGUUCUCACGGCAGCUCUCUGAGGACAGAGGGACAACUGGGGACCAAAACCAGGGACCAGGACCAAGACCAGGACCAGGACCAGGACCAGGACCAGGACCAGGACCAGGGUGUGAUGACAGAGCAGAUGUCUCAGGAACAUGGCUGGAGGAGCAGCAGAGGAGGCUGGAAACAGGAGGAGGGGGAAUAUCAUUCCGACAUCGAGAACGUGGCGGAGGAGAAUCAGAGAAACGGCCGAACUGUUCACGAACUUGUGCAGGCCGCAGAUCCUGAGUUGUCCAGCAGGAGGAAACCCGCCUUAAUCAGGUCAAAGACCUUCGACCACUCGCUGCUGACUCAGGUCCAGACCGAGCCGGACUCCAAGCUGGACCGGAAGAAGUCUCACUACAGCCAGGUUUCAAAGGGCAACUGCCAGUACCAUAAAAUAUUCAAGGAGAUCAGCAAAGAGGAACAGCUGAGACAAAGUUACACCUGCGCUCUGCAGAAGGACAUCCUCUACCAGGGACGGAUGUUCGUCUCAGACCACUGGAUCUGCUUCCACUCAAAGGUGUUUGGCAAGGACACAAAGAUUGCCAUCCCAGUAGUGUCCGUCAUUCAGAUCAAGAAAACCAAAACCGCAAUCCUGGUGCCAAACGCUCUGGUCAUCGCCACGGAAAAUGACAGGUACGUAUUCGUGUCCCUGCUGGCCAGAGACAACACCUACAAAGUCCUGAUGUCAGUCUGCCUCCACCUGGAGGAGAAGAGUCCCUGCAGCAGUCCGAUUCCAUCCUCCGCAGAAAGCAGUUUCCGAGGUCAGAGGUCACCGCUAGGCCCUUGCUUUCCUAUGAGUUUUCCAGGUGACCUCAGUGACCUGGACGGAGCCGUGAGGCAGAGGAGGCAGGAGUUGGAGGAGAGCAGCAGCUCCGACUCUCAAACGCCCGACUACGAGAAGCUAGCAGAAUUCCCUGUGGCGCCAUUCCUAGAAGUGUUGAACCACAUGGACCGAGUGGCCUCUCCUACACAUCUGGUGAACAACAACAACAACCAGCAACAAAAGCACCAGACCAACCAGCAGACACUGGACCAGAACCAGAAUGAGACCAAAUCUGCAGACUCCGAGGAAGUGAUCGACAACAGGAUCCUCAGAACAGUUUCCCUCAACACGUUGCUGUUCGUCUACAUGGUCCUAGUGUGCGUCCUGGUCUUGUCUUCUUGUUACCUUGCCUUCAAGAUCGUGUCUUUGGAGGAGACUCUGUCCACACUGGGCUCCGUCGUAGAGUUCACCCACCACAGAGAGAGUGACUUCCUGCGGAGCAACUCCGACCUGAACACAAAGUUUUUCUCCGAACUCCUGACCAUCAACCUGAUGAAGCUGGAGAAGGUGCAGAAGAAUCUUCAGAGGCUGUUGGAUGAAGCGGCCUGAAAGUGAACUAAAAACCAGAGUGUAAAUAUCCUGUAAAUACAUGUCGUGGGUGCGUGAGCAGAUGUUACAAAUAUACUGUUUUUGGAAAACUGUGACUGAAGAAGAAGAAACUUCGUAAAGAACGACUUAUUCGAAUGUCGACUUUUGUCCUACCGUGGGAAAAAUUGCGUGAUUUUUUUCAGCGAGAAUUUACGUUUUGGAUUUACAGUGGAGUUUUGUAGCAACUGUUGCUAAUGAAUUGAAGCGGACGGGGGCUCCAUAGAGGGCGCUGAAGAGCAAUUUGGGAAGCAGGGACUUAUUCGACUGUUACAACAGACCAGCAUCACUGUGAUUCUGUAAAUACUGAAUUAUCCACAGAUACACACUAGGAAAUGUUGUUUUAUUUUUGUCCGAGAAUUUAAAAAAAUGCGCUGAAGUACUAACUCAAAGUAUGUGUACUUUUACAUUUUCCAGGUACAAACACAGUAUUUUCAAACCUGUCUGUGAUUCUCUUCAAGAUUAAAAAAAAUUACUUAUAUAAUAAUAACAAUAAUAA